AUGGCAAAUUAUCGAUGGAGAGAAACAUGUUAUUUUCUUACGCGAUUAAAGAAAUUCAAUAAUUCGAACAAGAGAUUCUCAAGAACAGUUGGGAGUGGGACUUGGAGUGGCCAAACAAGUGGUAUUCCCAUUAGAGAUAAAUCAAAUAGAAAUAUUAUAAUUGGAUAUAAGAGAAGUUUGAGGUAUAAAGGUGGUAUUGAAAAAGAUCAAAGUGAAAAAUGGCUUUUGAAGGAAUAUUUUUUGCCAGAUGAGUAUAUUAAGAAAAGCAAGAACAAGGAUAUUUUCGUCAUUUGUAGAAUUAAAGAGAAG